AUGAAAUACCAAUUAGCUCCCACUAUUGUUGUAUAUUAUUCCCCUCCGAGUUCGAGGGUAGUUUUGUCCUCCUCAUUGUUCGGGUUGUCCGCUCUCGCGUUCCCUCCAACCGACCGCGCUCUUCUCCUCCGCCCCCAAUCUCUUCUCGGCGUCCCUCUUCGCCUCGCUUCUUUCCGCCGCCUCCUCGUCUCGCUGCCUUCCCCAUCGAGCCAUCUCCUCUUCUUACUCCGAAAAUAUUCGCGCUUCCGUCUGCUUCGAUCUCGCGUGGUCUGUCGCCGCGCUGCGCCCCUCCCCGCCCCGCCCUACGAUUCGUUGCCGAUCGGCUCGGUUGGUAACGGAUUCUUGCGGAGCGUUCCAUCGAUCAGCAACUUCCAUCUCCUCCGCCCUUUCUUUCCGCUUCUUCCCGUGUUCCCCAGAGAAAUCCACAUUGCUCGUUCCCACAACAUCUUUGCUGGAAUGCUCAUUCGGGGAUCUCCUCUUCUCUGGAUCCGAUUCCCUAACAACCCUAGUUCCAGUGGUCGUUGCCGGUUCCUCCUCUCCCUCGGGUUCUCGUCCUCCUCGGACAGUUCAUGGCAUGUAGCAUUGGUUGUCAUGGAACACAAGGGGACUGCUCAUUGUAGUGGGAUCUCUGAGUUCUUGCUGCCGCAGAUGUAUCCAUUAUUAUUUCUUCAUGUGGUACAUUACAUGAUCUGCCAAAGGAUUGGUGCCCAGAAACCGAUCAAGGCGGCGUGGGGAAAUGGCUGCCGGAGAUAUCUUGGUGCAAAAUUGACACGGGCGGGGAGUAAGUGAGGGCGACAAGGGAAGGGGAGGAGUUGAUCCAGGCGACCACGGGGAUCAUGCUCUUGCUCACGUCCACCUUCAACAAGCGAUGUCAAGAGGGCAUCCAGCGGUGUCAGAGCCUAAUAGUGUCAAGUAGUGAGUUGCUACAAUCUUUUAACUAAUUUUACUUGCUUCAUUUGUAUG